CACGUGACCAGGAGUCGACGUGUGCAGAAGUCCUGUUAGUCUGGUCCUUGUUCUCGCCUGGGUACCAGCUUCCUUCUGCAGCGCGACUGCGGGGCCUGAGGCCAGGGAAAGGAGAAAGCCAAUCUGCCGGAAUUUUGCAGCUAACUUGCACUGUGGAGAGGGAGAGAACCGGGGGAAACAGAAGGUGAGAAAGUUUCCAUAACCAAGAACCUUAAAGAGGAAAAAGAAGUAAUUGUAUUCAAAGAGGAAUAAGCAGAGAAAAAGGAGGGAAGGGAAGAAGAGAGACACAAGAUGAAACCCUGUCAAACUGAAGGAAAACCAGAAAAUGAGAGCGAACCAAAGCUUGAGGAAGAGCCAAAGCCUGAGGAAAAGCCAGAGGAGAAGGAAGAGCCAGAGGAGGAGGAAAAAACAGAAGGAACUUUUAGAGAAAGGCUGAUUCAGUCUCUCCAGGAAUUUAAAGAAGAUAUACACAACAGGCAUUUAAGCAAGGAUGAUAUGUUUAGAGAGGUGAAUGAAAUAGAUGAGAUAAGGAGAGUAAGAAACAAACUUAUAGUGAUGCGUUGGAAGGUUAAUCGAAACCAUCCUUACCCAUAUUUAAUGUAGUUUACCUUGAUUUUUAUUCUUUCUGAUAUUAACAUUGCCAUAUAGCUUUCUUUCGAUUUGCAUUUUCCUGAUACAUCUUUGUCCAUUUUUCUACUUUUAACUUGUUGCUUGCUAUUAGUGGUGUUAGAUGCAUCUCUUCUUAUCUACAUUCCCAUUGUUUAUCAUAUUUUGAACCAAUCUCCAAGUCUCUGCCUUUUAAUAGGAGAGCUUUACUCAUUUGUACAAAAAGAAGAUCCUGACAAGAUAUGAAAUGAAAAAAACGUUAUUAAGUAAUAUGUCAGUAUCAUAUUUUUAAAAGGGAAGAUUACAUUUGUAUAUUACAUAUAUGCACAGAAAAAUGUGUGAAGGAUGAAAGACAAA